GGGCUGUGGAGACGCGGCUUUCGGGGUGGUGGGGAGUGUAGAUAAGGCGAGCAGAGCGGGCUCUGCUGAGGCCUUUGGUGACUCUUCCAGUGCUGGAAGGUAGCAUCUUAAGCAUCCAUUAUCAAAAUGUGGUGCUCUGUGGUAAUUCUGGGCCUGUUGGCGGUCUUCACGAGUGCCCGUAAUGUGCCCUACUUCCCUCCCCUCUCUCCUGACUUAGUGAACUAUAUCAAUAAGCUCAAUACCACAUGGAAGGCUGGACACAACUUUGCCAAUGCUGAUAUGAGUUACGUGAAGACUUUGUGUGGCACUUUCUUGCAUGGCCCCAAAUUGCCAGAAAGGUUUGAAUUUGCUGGUGAUUUGGUCUUGCCAAAAAGCUUCGAUUCAAGGCAACAAUGGCCAAACUGCCCAACCAUAAGUGAAAUCAGAGACCAAGGCUCUUGUGGUUCCUGCUGGGCAUUUGGUGCAGUUGAAGCCAUGUCGGAUCGUGUUUGUGUCCAUACUAAUGGCAAAGUGAAUGUGGAAAUUUCUGCUGAAGAUCUGCUCUCUUGCUGCGGAUUUGAAUGUGGAAUGGGUUGUAAUGGAGGAUACCCUGCAGGAGCCUGGAGCUACUGGACUGAAAAGGGCUUAGUGUCUGGUGGCCUUUACGACUCACAUGUUGGAUGUAGGCCAUACUCUAUUCCACCCUGUGAGCAUCACGUCAAUGGGACUCGCCCUCCAUGCACUGGAGAAGGUGGUGACACCCCUGAAUGCAUCAAAAAAUGUGAAGCUGGUUACUUUCCUUCAUACCAAAAUGACAAACAUUAUGGAAUGACUUCGUAUAGUGUCCCUGGCAGUGAGAAAGAAAUAAUGGCUGAGAUUUACAAAAACGGACCAGUGGAGGCAGCCUUUACUGUUUAUUCUGAUUUUCUCAUGUACAAAUCAGGUGUCUAUCAGCACGUCUCUGGUGAAUCAGUUGGUGGCCAUGCAGUCCGAAUUCUUGGCUGGGGCAUCUACAGUGAUACACCUUACUGGUUGAUAGCUAAUUCUUGGAACACAGACUGGGGUGAAAAUGGUCUCUUCCGAAUCCUCCGUGGGCAAGAUCACUGUGGAAUUGAGUCUGAGAUUGUAGCCGGAAUCCCUCGCACAAGCCAGUACUGGAAGCAGUUGUGAGAAUCCUGCCAGUUGAGUGGCACAUAAUCAUACUUAUGAAGCUAGAAGGCAUGGUGGCAAUCCUAUGCUUUUUUAAAUCCUUUAAUAUUUUUCUUUUUAAAAAAAAAAAAAAUACAAGAUGUCUCUAGCAGGCUGUCUUUGUGUCUGAAGCAUGAGGCUUUCUAAUUUUCGCUCAAUAAUUUUUCAUGUCUGGCAAGACAGAAUGGCAAGCAAGUUGUUGAGAUGGAACUGUGUUAAAUGAAAUACCUCUAAAGGAAUCAAAGUACAUUUCACCAAGAGAAGGGCAUGAUUAGAAACAACCAUCUUAGGAUGUUGAAGAUGCUACUUGCAGUGGUAUUUAACUUUAUCUUCCACAUAUUGAUGGCACCAUUCAUCAGAUAGAGUGUAGGAUCAUGUAGUCACAGGGGUGGAUUGUUCUGAGUUAAAUCCUUAGUAAAAAUUAUUGUGCAAAGUGGUAAAGCGGAUUCUCCCUCCCCCCCCCCACUCACAACCACAAAAUCACUUUCAGGAAAUAGAAAAUAGACUGAAAUAGUAGCUUAUUUACUGUAUGGAUACUGAGGUCCAUGCCUAAAUUUAAAAAAAAAAAUUAAAAGGAUGUCCUUAUGGUGGCAGUAGUCCUAAUUCUUCAUAAAUUCUCAAUUUCAAUGUAUGCCUCAAUAGUUAGGCAUAUAUUAGAGAAGAUAAAAAGUAGAGGGAGAGUCCUUCUGAAAUUGAGCAAAUAGUCAAAACAGACAAAAGUAUUGAAUCUGUCAUAACUCUAUGGAUUGAAUUUCAGUUCUUUGAUGGACGUGGCUGAGUGGGAUUAUAGGACAUGAAAUUUCACGUUAAAUUUAAAUUUAAUUUCAGAUAAUUUCAGAAGCAGAAACAAAAAAAAAACAUAUAGACAUAAAGAGAGGCUUUAUGUGUGACUGCUAUUUAAGCUUGAUUCCUGAAAAUAUUUGGGCAAUUGCACUAAUUGGUCCUGCACAUAUGCAUGAAUUAUUUCAUUUUUUAUAAUUGCGAAAACAGAUGAGGAAACAGAUAAGCAAUAAGCAUAAAAAUCAUGCAUGUAAAGGGGACUAUGAAAAUGGCUCAACUCUAAAUCAACCUCAAAUUAAAGGAUCUUCAGUUUGCUGUCAUUAGUCUUUCUGACUUCAGUGGUUCUCACCUAGACAUGAUAGAACUGGAUUUGCUGUUAUGACAAGCCUCGGUAGGCUUAGUUUCAGUAAACUAUUUAAAACAAAACAUGGGUUAUUUGAACCCAAUCUAAAAUUGAAUCUGACCCAUAGGCUUUAUGUGAUUGGCUUCUGGCUUCAAGUACAAAGUUAUUGUUAAAUGCAGAAUAUUUUAUACACUUAAGACUUAUGAUCAGAAUUUCAUCAGUGUACUUCCAAUUCCUAUCUCAAGUAAAGUAUCUCUCACUUUUCUACAA